GUGUGCGUGUUUCCAGCCGGAGUCGCUCGUCGGCGCCCCGCGCGCUCCGCCCCCGCCGUCCGGCCCGGCCGCUCUUCGUUUCCCGGGUCUUCGCGCCCCUCGCCCGGCGUCGCCGGCCCCCGGGGACACCGGGUGGGCCCGGGCUUCCGCUGCUCGCAACUGCCAGAGCAGCCCGGGGCCAUCCGGAGACGCCCGGAGCCUAGAGCCGCUGCACCGGGCCCCAGCCACCCUCCGGAUGCCGGCGCUGCCGCCCGCCUGCCCCCAGCCUCUGGCCCUUCCCUCAGUCGAGGCCAUGGAGGCCCCGCUGCCUCGGACGGGCAGGUGCCCGGAACCUGGACCUUCCUCCUCUGCUUCACCUCCCCAGACUUCAACCUCUCCGAGGCCCAGCCACUACCUUCUCAUUGACACUCAGGGUGUCCCCUACACUGUGCUGGUGGACGAGGAGUCGCAGAGGGAGCCCGGGCUCGAGGGGCCUUCGGCCCAGAAAAAGUGCUACAGUUGCCCCGUGUGCUCCAGGGUGUUCGAGUACAUGUCCUACCUUCAGAGACACAGCAUCACUCACUCGGAGGUCAAGCCCUUCGAGUGCGACACGUGCGGGAAGGCGUUCAAGCGGGCCAGCCACCUGGCGCGGCACCACUCCAUCCACAGGCUGGGCAGCGGGCGGCCCCACGCCUGCCCGCUGUGCCCGCGCCGCUUCCGGGACGCGGGAGAGCUGGCUCAGCACAGCCGCGCCCACUCGGGGGAGCGCCCCUUCCAGUGUCCGCACUGCCCGCGCCGCUUUAUGGAGCAGAACACGCUGCAGAAGCACACGCGGUGGAAGCACCCUUGAGUGGGAUCCCCUGAAGGCCCCAGACCCCGCUGAAUUGUAGGCAGCUUUCAGGCCCUGACACACACCCACACACACCCACACACACCCCUCCUACUGAGUUGAGCUUAGCCAGGAGGAGGAGCUGUGAGCUUUGGCCGAGUUCUCACACAGAACGGAGUCCUCUAGCCUAGAAGACUUGGGACAUUCCUGGUGCAGUGCUGACCCAAGUGCAGAUGGUGUGGGCAAACUCCUGCCUCACCCAGUGGCUGGGCACCCUCAGGAACCCUUGUCACGCACGCGGCCCGACGCAGGGCCUGCAUCCGUGGUACCACAGGUACACUGCCUUAGUGGCGUGGAGCACGCUGGAGACAGUGUGAUGGACGUCAGUGCAAACACAAAGAGCUCAGCUGGCCUGCUGGGAAGUGGCAAAAGGCCCAUCCUGAAGACUGCGUCACCCCAGAAGUGUCUUAAAACUUUUUUAAAAACAGGCUACUGUGACAUACGUGUUUUUAUGACAGCUGGUAUACAGAUAGAGCACGGCAAACUUAACAGUACCUGCAAGUCACUCCGAUAUUUCGACCAUAAGUUUUUAAAAUGUAGAGCCCAUCCUAACAUUAAACUCUCUGCCCAUGAGCCUAUAGUUUGAAAAACACUGAUCUAGGGCAGGUGGCUCCCUCUGGACUUUCUGACCCAGGCUGAAACUUCUCUGCAAAGCAAAGUGGGAGGGGAGCAGGCCACAGCUUCCUUGGCGAGGAUGGGGGGCUCAGACUCCCCCUGUGCUCUCCAAGACUAGCGGCAGGUGAACGCAAAGGAGGCAGGUGGAACUGAGCCUCAAGCCUAAUAAACAUCGCCUUUUUGA